AUGGCUCGUAACAAGCCGCGCAUACUGCUCGCACUCUAUUCUCGUCCCAAACAUCACACGAUCCACAUCGCACUGCUCAUCACGGGCAAGAUCAAACGCGGAGCCAAGAGAGGCUCGAUCCCGGCCAGGAAAUGGCAUGCAAAGAACACCAUCCAGUUCGUCAACAACACCCCCACGAGACCCUGGCGCCGCGAGAGAGAGAUAAUCACCGACAUUGACAAAGACCUCCGCCUGCUGGCGUGUGCCGUGAUCGCCAAAGUCCACAACGUCGAUGAAGCCGAGAGACUCCUGAGUCUCGUGCCCGUCUAUCAACCCGAGGACGCCGACCAGGACAUGGCGGCCGAGUUUGACUGCACCGCCUGGGCCAUGGAAGCAAUGAGAGUCUUGCGAUGGGCGGGAGUUGUAAAGGCAACCCUCUUCACCAAGGCGGAGGAGACAUUGAAGUCCUACAUUGAAACCCACCGAGCACGAUGGAACGCCCAGAGCGGCCAUGACCUGCAGGGCCAGCCUCCGAUUGUUCCGAUCGUCGAUAUGUUUACCGGGAAGAUGCUGAGGGAGUGA